AUGAAAGUCCAGUAUCGCAAUGAAACCCUCGAAUUCGAGGAGGUCGCAGACGAGACGGUGACAGAACUGGCCACCAGAUGCGCCGAACGUAUUGGUGCCGACGUCGAGCGAGUAACCCUCUUCUUCCUCCCCAAGCCCGGAUUCAUGAAGCAUCCAUUCCCCGAACGAAAGCUAAGCGAUUUCUUGACUCCUGCGACGCGCAUAAAACUCGUAGGCACCCCCAAUGCAGAGAUCAAGAAGAUGGACGGCCAGAAGCCGGCCCAGCGAAGGAUUCCCCCGGCAUUCAGCAAGCCGGUCAAGGCGAACAAAGUGCGGGACUGGAAGAAGCUCUCAGAAGAGCGCGCGUACACUUUCCACGCCAUCGAACCCCUGCAUUACCUCCCAAAUCCAGAGAAGAGCAGGAGGUAUCUUGAACGACUUGCCAACGACCCAGGAAUCAAGGCCACGAUGCGCAAACACAAGUUCAGUGUGGGACUGUUGACGGAGAUGAAUCCAGCGGAGCACACGACGCACGAGUCCAAGACGUUGGGUCUGAAUCGAAACCGAGGCGAGGUGAUUGAACUCAGGCUGCGGACAGACGCAUACGACGGUUAUCGAGACUACAAGGUAAUUCGGAAGACGCUGUGCCAUGAGCUCUCGCACAACGUCUGGGGGGAACAUGACCGCAACUUCUGGGAUCUGACCAAACAGAUUGAGCAAGAGGUGGAGCGCAAUGAUACCCUGCACGGUGGACAUCGGUUGUCAAACGAGGAGUUCUACAAUCCAGGGGACUCGUAUGAUGAUGCCGAGCACGCUGAUUCUGGAGGCUGGACCGGUGGUGAUUUCGUGCUUGGAAAGUCGGAAGAUGCGCCCAGUGAGGCUGGACUUACUCGGCGCGAGAUCAUAGAACGGGCAGCUCUCACCAGGCUACGGAAGCAGCAAGACGUGAUGGACCAACUUCAGAAGGAGUCAGAGGAGCUGAGCCAACUCCAGAAGAGGGGGCAAGAGAUAACGGAUCAGCUUCAGAAGCAGACAGACCAAGUCCAAAAGCCAAAGCCGCCGCCAUCAUGA